CAAUAUGAGAUUUUGUGGCAUAGUAAUUUGGAUAACUUUAUGGAUAAGUCAAUUUAUUGUAGAAGUAGAUUUUGCUCCAAUAGUGAGGGGAGAGAUAGUCAAAACGGCUCAUGAUGACAUCAAACCAUUCCCCUUUAUGGUAUCACUACAAGAUCGAGUCGAUGGGACCUAUAAUAAGCAUUUUUGUGGCGGUAGUCUUAUAGAUAAAAAUUGGAUUUUAACAGCAGCGCAUUGUGUUUGGAGAAAAAAACUAACACUCAUCGUUGCGGUAAUCGGUUAUGAAAACAUUUCUAAUGUUUCGGAGUUUUAUAACGUAGAUCGUGUAGAAUAUAUAUAUUUUCAACCCACCAAUUAUCAAAAUGACAUUGCAUUGCUCCAUUUGGAGGCAUCUUAUAAGCAUCCGGAAUUGGCUCUAAAUCGUAUUUAUGGAAAACUUCCAAUGUAUGGCAUGAGAGCGAACAGAAAUAGGCCGUGCAAAAUUAUAGGGUAUGGUGCCACGCGUCAUGCUGGUCAAAUACAAGAGACUCUCAUCGAAGGCGAAGUAAAGGUCAUAACUAAUAAACAAUGUAGAGGGAUUUUGGGAAAUGUUUGGGCACCGCAAAAAGGCGAAAACACUGUUUGUGCACUAGGAAAGCAAGACACUUGUCAGGGUGAUUCUGGGGGCCCCCUUAUUUGCAAUUACAAUGGACGCGACUAUAUAUAUGGUAUUGUUUCCCAUGGCCUCACUUGUGGCAUAGUUGGUGUGCCGAGCAUCUACACCGUAACUAUACCCUACAUUGAUUGGAUUAGAUUGAUUGUUAACGAUUAAAUUAUUGAAAAUUGUUUUAUUCAAUAAAGUUUU